UACUGUUCUAGCAAAUUUUCAUCUGGCAACACUGCUUGAUCUUGUUUGACUUUUACUUUUGACCACCUAAACAAUAACAAAAAAUAUAUUGAGAUUAUUUUUCUCAAACGCCUGUUUACAAUUAUUAUAGUCAAUAAUUGUGCUUGAUUAUCACCAAAUGUGCAAGUGAAUAUAUGUAUUAAAUAAAUAGAGGUUUUGCUUGGUGAACAUCUUCGAGGUUAUAAUUUUGUAAUGUGUGUUUAGUUUUUUUAUAAAUUUAAAUAAUGGAAGGAGGUAAUUUUGUUAACCCGUUAACUCAAAAAAUUGGAUUUAUUGGCGGUGGUAAUAUGGCCAAAGCCAUAUGUGAAGGAAUAGUUUCAAAAGGACUUGUUCCAUAUGGUCAAAUUCAUGUAUCAGGUCCAAGAAUUCACAACCUAACAUGGUGGUCCGAAAGAGGCUGCCACGCUACCCAGGAAAAUGGAUCACUAGUAGAAAAUGCCGAUAUUGUUUUUAUAUCAGUUAAACCCCACAUUCUACAUACAGCUAUUGAGGAAAUUAAGAAAACCCAUCCUAUUAUGCACCAAUCGAAACUAUUUGUAUCAAUUUUGGCUGGGAUAACAUUGAAACAGUUGGAACAUGUUCUAAGCGAAUUUGGCGGUAGGAUUAUUAGAGUUAUGCCUAAUACUCCAAUGACUGUUGGAGAAGGCUGUACGCUAAUCAGUCCCCACCACUCUGCCACCCAAGAAGACAUAUACUUAGUCAACCAAAUACUAUCAAUAACCGGCACCUGCAGGGAAAUUCCUGAAAACCUCAUCAACGUUGCAGGCGCUCUUACAUCCAGCGGUCCGGCCUUCAUCUACAUGGCCAUCGAAGCUCUAGCUGAUGGCGCUGUCAAAAUGGGGCUUCCCAGAGUCCUAGCAUCAGAGCUUGCGGCCCAAAUGACCCUGGGUGCGGCCAAAAUGGCUAGAGAUACCGGAAAACACACAGGGCGGUUGAAGGAUGAGGUUUGCUCGCCUGGUGGGACCACUAUACAGGGCGUUUACGCUUUGGAAAAGGGAGGAAUGAGGGCAGCGUUUAUGGACGCCAUAGAGAAUUCUACGAAAAAAGCAGCUGAAAUGGCAGGUCAUAAAUGAAAGUUUAUAUAGAUUAAAAUAUUAGGAAAAUUUAAAUUAGAUAAACAUAAUAAUGGCAAAUAAAUUAUUACUGAUAAGUUACAAUAAUAUUUGCAAUGUUGCAGUGUGUUUCGAUACUUAUUGCGAUUAUUGAAAAUUGUUCAAAUACUGUAAAAGUACAAUAAUGGUGAGUUUUCAGAUUUUUUGACAUGUAUUUUAUUAAAAUUCAAGCAUUUAAAUUAUUAAACAGCUACUCCAAUUUUUGCAAUAAAAU